CAAGCUAGUGAACCGAGCACUGAAAACCUGCUUCACAACUUUUAAGAGAUUUACAGGAGAUACAAGGUGUUAAUUGAUGUAUCAUAGAUUGGCAUCAGUAAGACACCACAAGUAUGAUUACCAAAACUCUCUGCGCACAGCGGCGUGCUCUACCUUUUGCCAACUCCAGUCGCCGAAGCGCUCGAUUACAAGCUAGUGAAGGUGGUCCCGCAAGCGCACCUCCGCAGCCCUCACGGCCAGCUCCGGGACCCCGACCGGUCACCGGUCGGCCCAUGCCUCCGCCGCGGCCGGUUCCUGGUAUACCUCCAAGGCCUGGUGUCAUGUUAGGACCAGACGGACAGCCUCUUGAGGUUGUUCCCGUCGAGAAGACGGGCGAUGAUGCUUGGGCCGGCGUUGCACGUGUGGACCGCGGUGAUAAGCAGGAGUCUGACUGGCUGAGCGCUGCCAUCCUGGCCGCUGGUGACUUGGCGGCCCUGCUGGUUUUCGCAGCGGCUGGCCGUGCAAAUCACGGUGAACCAAUCAGCGGGGAGACUUUCUCGACCGCGCUUCCCUUCAUUCUGGGCUGGUUUGUGACGGCGCCUUUCCUUGGAGGCUUCGGUGCUGACGCGCGGAAGAAGGGCGUCCGAACCGCCGCCCUGACAGCCAUCAAGUGCUGGGCGGUGGGUAUACCCGCGGGUGUGGUGCUGCGGGGCCUCUUCCGCGGCUACGUGCCCCCGGUGCCCUUCAUCGUGGUGGGACUGGCGGUUAAUGGGGUGCUCUUGGUAGGCUGGCGCUCCGCGCUCGCCGCCCUCACUAAGCAGGAGGAAACCCCGUCUGUUAAAACACGAAGGGACAAGAGGGGAAACCCCCUGGAGUUUUUGGAGCUGCUAAUGUCCCUGACCAAGCGUUGGUGAAGUAAAACCCAUGCCAACGGACAACCGUGCCGUGCUGUAUAGCCGUCCUACUUACUAUGCAUGGGGGAUAUUCAUGUUAUGAUUCCUAGCGAUACGUGAUGCAGUGAUACGCGUCUUAAAUUUGGUCUUAUGUCAACGAGGUUCCUGUAAUCCUCAGGACCUGACUAGAUCGCAGAGGUUGUGCACGCGUGUCAGCCGUUGUUGAUGUUGUUAGCAUAGUAUUAUAGAGUAUAUCCUGGCAUUCUAUUAGUUAAGGGUUUGCCUUGAGAUUAUCUUUGCCUGCUGGUGCCCAAGUCGAUACCAUCAGGGCUGAAGCAAUAUGUUCGGCCAAUUGGAGGACUUGGCAAAUGACUUCUUGGUAAAGUGAGAGGCU